AUGCCCUCCUUGGCUAAGGACGAUGAAGAAAGGCGGAGGAACCGAAACAUCACUCAACAUCAGCCCCUGUGCCUUCCCCACACUUUAUCAGAACCAGCCUGGACAGCUCAGCUAGAAGGUUUGCUCCCCAAGUCGUUUAUUACAGCGGCACAGAUAAUUGAAACGCUGCGACAUCGUCGUCUCCGAGCAGGUCUCGUUGAAAGGCAUUCUUGUUCCUCGAACCUGGCUCCAAAAUCAUUCCUACGUCGCUGGCGUCCGCCGCCUAAUUCCGUGAGGUGGCCAGUGCCGCACCAACCUUUCCCUCACCCUCGUCGCUUCCCAAGCCAGAAACCUAGAGGCAAAUUCUCACAACUUUUCCGUCUCAUCUUCGGACCCUACGCUGGCCGCCGUGCACACCUCCGGCUCUGGAAUUUCCGUCACGAGAUUAUCCCCGCCUUUCGACACCGGGCGCAAGCGAGAGUAUAUCGAGCGCUCGUCCAGCGACAGGCGAGGCUUGCAAAGCGGUCGCGGGAAGGAAAACUAGGUCUUACAGAGCUAUUCCGACGGAGACGGCGGCGCCGGGGAGUGAGCGGGCUUAUCGGGGGCCUGCUGGUGCCUUCUGAAAAAGCAGCGCACGCGGCGGGGAAAGCGGAAGCGCCUGGAGCGGGCAAGAGAGCUGUCUCGAUGUCAGAAUACGGAUCGUCUUCAUCGUCAACAUGGAGUAGCGGCUAUGGCUUUGGUAACGGGCGCGAGCGGGGUGCGCGGCGGAAGAAAGUCUUUGAGUAUUUAAAGGCAGCGAAUGAGUUACGGCAGUCAUACGCGGCAUCGUGGACGGCUCAGCGGAAUGCGUCGCGCGACUUGGGUGACGAGUAUAUGAACACGCCUGGUGCGUUUCCGGAUGUUGAGAUUGCGCGGUCUGGCGAUGAGGAGAUGGUUAUUUUCCCGAGCUAUGCGAGGCGGCUAGAUCGAGAUAGGAUUGCGGCGCAGAUGAUGUCGCAACGUGAAUCUCUGGAUUCAAUUGAUGAAUACCGGGGGUAUGAUGGAACGCGGGAACGCGAAGAUGAGUGGGAGACGUUCGAUGACGAGAAUGCUGUGGUUGCGGUAGACGUUCGGGGCUGGGUAUACGCGCCUUAUCGUGGACCGAUGACGAGGAAGCAGCGGUUGGUCGUCGCCCUGGCUCGAAAACUGAGCGGCGUACCUGCACCGAUAAAUAACGAGACUGGUCUCGAUGGGACGAAUCAGGAAGAUGAUCGCAUACCGCGUAUAACGGAGGAAAGAGAGGAGGAGCUUGUUGAUUCCGAGGCUCAGUUCAUCAUCAAGACGGCCGACAAACAGAAUGAAAUGAACCUGAAAGCCGCUUCGGAGGGACUUGAAGAAGAGCCUGCUGGCCGCUUACCGCAACGAACCCCAACAAAUGCGUCGGUCCAGUCCUCCGGCCAACUAAGCAAGGAUGAACUUUUGAUCGCGAACGGUCACUUAGUGGAGCGCAUCAAACCCUUCUUAUCGAAUCCAAUGGCUGGGAUGGCGGUGACUGUCUUUUUCUUCAAUGAUGAAAACAGCCAGUCGAAGAAUAUUAUGACCAAUGAUUCAGGCCAUUUUUCGGUUCGAGCGUCGCUGUCCUUUGUUCCCACACACGUGCGCGUGCUUGCAUCGGAGGACCUCUCCGCUGUGAAGAACGUCGAAAUCAUUGAACCUACAGGCGUCAGUAUGAUCAGUGACAUUGACGACACAGUAAAGCAUUCAGCCAUUGCGAGUGGAGCGAAGGAGAUGUGCCGAAAUAUAUUCGCCCGCGAGCUGUCGGAUUUGACCAUUGAGGGCGUCACUGACUGGUAUAAUGCAAUGGCCAAAGCGGGUGUGCAAAUACACUACGUCUCAAGCUCCCCAUGGCAACUAUAUCCGCUGUUAGAUCGCUUCUUCAAGAUGGUUGGCUUGCCGCCUGGGUCUUUCCAUCUGAAGCAGUAUAGUGGCCUCUUCCAGGGUAUAUUUGAACCUACUCUGGAGCGGAAGAAAGGAAAUCUAGAAAGAAUCCUGCAAGACUUUCCUGACCGGAAGUUUAUUCUAGUUGGUGACAGUGGGGAGUCUGAUCUCGAAGUGUAUACUGACCUCGCGUUGACGAAUCCGGGUAGGAUUAUUGGUAUAUUCAUACGUGACGUGACUACGCCGGAGCGGACGACGUUCUUUGAGAAGUCCGUCAACCAUCUGGAAAACACACCAUCCCGCACCAACAGCACCCCUGAGCUGACUGACCACUCUGAUUUGGCCCCAAAUCGGCCUACAUUACCGCCACGGCCACCGCGUAUCUCCUCAGAUCCAGCUCCAUGGGCUAGCCCCGCUGGGAGCCAAGACUUGAUCGACUUGUCGGAUUCGUCCGACAAGCCCAUGAACACAAGAACUCCCCCUGCUAUACCAUCUAAGCCCUCUGCCCUCCGUUCGGUAACAAACACCGCUGACCUGGCGGACAAGCCAUCAAGGGAGGCAUUUACGCGGAAGCCCGCACCGCCUCUACCGAGGCGCAGCGCGGGUAAUUCUGACUCUAUAUCAGCUGGUGAAACUGCAUCCACGCGCUCAUCUUCAGCAGAUAAGAGCGACUCUAGCAUUGAGAAUCGUGGGGCAUCACAAACCAACAACCGGGUUGCCCAGUUGCCGGACUUUGGUGGUGAUGGAGCGGGUAUCUCGAAACCGGCACCGCCUCCUCCACCUCCUCGUCGGUCCGUUACAAGAGCAUCAGCAAAUAGCCCCUCUCAAGUGGCCAUUAACACCAAUCGUCCUGUACCAGAACGGCCACUGCGCUUUGUUGCCUCGUCAUCACAGCUAUCCCAGUCAUCUUCUCCAAGUCGUCAGAAUGCAUAUCCAGGCGCGCCCAGCAUGCUGCGCUCUCCAGCGUCAAACGCCUCCCUUGGCAGAAGCAGCACCAGCAGUUCUGACACUGUUACGCCCUCGCGAUCAUCAACAUCGAACUUUUCAGCCCCGCCGCGCGCUCCUUUACCUAACAAGCGGGAGGAACUUUGGCGGAGACGCUGGGAACGGGCUAGUGAAAUCCUUGCUGAUAAAGGGGUGGUCUUGGGUAGUUGGCGCGUGGGGAAGGAUGCACAGGAUGUUUGUCUUUGGCUUGUGAGGGAAGCGCUAAAGGUAUCUUCUGAUUCUGGGAAGAAGGAAGUCACCCAAAAGAGGGAGACGGAGAGCAAGUGGAGUUCAUGA